AAAUUCAUGUUUUUUUUGUAUUAUUUACAGCAAGUGGUUGCUCUGAUUAAAGAUUUUUGUUAAGAAUCGAAAAAUUGAAAUUUGUUUUCUUUAUUUUUGUUUAUUAAUAUAACCCAUUAACUAUGGGAAUGAGAAGAAAAAAAGAAAAACGUAAUUUUUGGUGCAACAAUGAAAUUGGUUGUAUGUUAAAUCUUGUUCGACAAAUGCAUUCCCGACAAGGCACCACCACAACCACUCAAUAUACUUUUGUUGAAAUAGCAAAUCAAAUGAGAUCGUUUGGCUUCCCCAACAAAAGUCCUACACAAAUUCGUAGAAAAUGGUUUCAAAUGAAAUCGGCUUAUCUUUGUUAUAAGCGUGGUAACAAAGAUCGAAUUCUUUUAAUACCGGAAAAGUUUCGCCAAGUUAUUGCUAGUUUUGUUGAUGCCGAAUAUCAUGCAAUGCCAAGUCAAGCUAAAUCAGAAAUGCUUGAUAUUAAACCGAUUAUAAGGAGUCCGGUUAAGUUGAUGAAUAUACCGCUGGAAGCACCUAAGGCAAUUCCAAUUGUUCAUAAACAAAUCGAUCAGAAGCCUAAAGUUUUUGAACAGCCUUUAAUUGAGAAAAAGAAAAUCAAGAAAAAGAUUGUUGAUGAUAGUGUCAGUGAAGAACAAAAUGGUACUGAUUUAAAGUUUACCAAGCUAACAAAUCGCCUUAGGAGUGUUCAAAAGUCUCUACAAAAAGAAUUCUCUAGCCGACAAAAGGCUUUAAUGGAAUAUGAACACACUUUGCAAAGAGAACGCGAUAAGACUUUGAUGGAAUAUUUUACAAAAUCCACCGAACAAAUAUUAUCGGCGUCAUUUAGCAUACUUGGACAUAGUAUGCAAUGAAA